AGUGUUUGUGUGUGAAAGAGGCGUUCCGUGUUUGUUCGCUCAGUUCUCGUCAUUUCAGCUGCUUUUCAGUUAGACAGAGCCGUGCGGGGAUAGACGGCGCCCAUUUUGGUUGGUUCACAGUGAACUGUUCCUCGGUGAUUAAACACGGCAGCCAACCGGGGCCAAAGAUCUUCCGUCCACCCACAUGUGAACUGUGACAGAUGCCGGAUGCGGGUCAGUCCUGUCCUGGUGGUUCGUCAGUUUUUGUUCAAGUCUCGCGUCUGUCCUUUAGCUCUGAAAUGGAUCAUUCAGAAAGGGAUGAUGACACUGAAUACCAGGACGAGGAGGUGGAUCCCAGAAUUCAGGUGGAACUGGAGAAACUCAACCAGUCCACUGACGACAUCAACAGAUGUGAGACAGAGCUGGAGGAAGCUAGGCAGAAGUUCCGCUCAGUUCUGGUAGAAGCCACAGUGAAACUGGAUGAACUGGUGAAGAAGAUUGGCAAAGCAGUGGAGGAGUCAAAGCCUUAUUGGGAGGCCCGCAGACUCGCCAGACAGGCUCAGCUAGAAGCUCAGAAGGCCACCCAGGACUUCCAUCGAGCCACAGAAGUUCUGCAAGCUGCUAAGGAGACCAUCUUUCUGGCUGAGCAGAGACUGCUGGAGGAGGACAACAGGCAGUUUGACUCAGCCUGGCAAGAGAUGUUAAACCAUGCUACCCAGCGGGUCAUGGAGGCAGAGCACACAAAGACGAGAAGUGAACUAGUGCACAAAGAGAUAGCGGCCAAAUACAAAGCAGCCAUCAAUCGCAUGAAGCAGCUGGAGAAGAAACUCAAGCGCACGAUCAGCAAGUCCAAGCCUUACUUUGAGAUGAAAGCAAAGUAUUAUCUGCAGCUAGAGCAUUUGAAGAAAACUGUGGAUGAGCAGCAGGCUAAGUUGUCGCAGGCAAAAGGCAAGUACAAGACAGCACUGACGAACCUGGAGAUGAUUUCUGACGAAAUCCAUGAGCGACGGCGAAACUCUUCCAUAGGCCCUCGGGUGCGAGGUGUGGGGGCUGAGGGUGAUAGCAUUUUUGUUGAAGAUAUUUCCAGUUUUACGAUGGAGUCUGAUGGAAUUUCCAUGACAUCACAAUAUUUUGAGGAUGAGGCUUGCGGUGGCGGCAGCAUCAUGUCAGAGGAAGACUCUGAGACUCGCUCCACCUGCAGUCUGGGCUCAUCUCCCAGCAGUCCACAGGAUCUCCUGUCUCCGUGCACCUUAACUAGCAUCUCCUCCUCCUCUUACACCUCAUUCUCCUCGGCUUCACCCUCACCUACUCCCUCGUCGUCAUCCACAUCUUCCUCCCCGGCUGCAGUGUCCAGGCCCUGCAGUCUGGAUCUCCAUGGUAGUGUGUCCCUCUCUGAUUUUGGCCUCAUCUCGCCAGUCCUUGGGCCUCGCAGUGAGUGCAGUGGGGCAUCAUCCCCUGAAUGUGACUUGGAGAGAGGUGAUUGGGCGGAAGGUGCUGAGGUGGAUUUGGACAAUGUGCCAUCCAACAACAAUAGUCAGUCUUCCAACAUCAAGAAAAGUUUCAGCCUGGAGGCACGUUUUAGCUUUCUGAAACUGCGACUUCCACGUACAGACAUUGGCAAAAACAUGGAUAGCUGUCCCCAAAGGGUCGAGCCUGAACAGGCCGUUGUCUCAGUCAAAGGUGUUUGAGGAACAAAAACAGACAUGCUGGAAGGAUUUUGGCUCUGCAAAGUAAACCUUGGGAAUCAAACCAGAGUAUGACUUUGUCAUAGUCUUUAAAGGCUGUAGAUUAUGGCAUUGGCAAGUCUUGAAGGUAUUCCAGUGUUUUUCCUCUCAUUUCCUUAAUGAAGGACUUUAUACAUUUGAAUUGACAUUUGCGAAACAGGAUUGUUGUGUUGAUAAAAGUUGGUAAAGGAUAUUAAAGGAAAAGGUCUUUAAAUACUGUUAAUAAUUUAGCACCAAGGCUGAAAACCUUUCACAGAAGUAAGAGUGCACUAGUUGCCCGUGUGCUACCCUUCAAUUGUGAACCAGCUUUUAUGUAAAUGUCUACUUUGAAAAAAUAUUGCUCUAACAUGUCACCUAGCAUGCUGUCAACAAUGCAAAUGCCAUAUUCUGUGUAGAAUUAUUGCAACAGUUAAAGAAAUUAAAGUCACAUGUGGUGAUGCUAAAUGAACACUUGAAUAUUUAUUUAUUGCAAAAGCAAAAGACAUUUUGUCAUGUUUACUGACUUCUUCAUUUUCUCUGCUCUAGGGCUGAGCAUUAUAAUCAAAGUCCUAUAAUGAUAAAAAAAUAUAUAUUUUAUUUAGUUGACUUAUACCUGUUCAUAUUUUUACUUCUGUCUCUCAAUCACAAUUGAGAAUCAACCUACAGUGUUAACAUAGCCUUAGGUGUAUAUGUGCAGUGAGCCAUAUUACAUAGAAUAAAUGGAAAUCAUUAUGGUCACAGUAUUCAUUUCAAGUUCAUUACUUCAUCUUCUUAAUCCAAGAUAUUUACAUAUGCUCUUAAAUUAGUUUAGUCUUAUCUACUGAAAACAAAUGAUUUUGUUUAAAAUAAGUUCUAAAUAAUAAAAGGCUGCAGUUUCCACUUUAUGUAGUUGCUGCUAAAAAUGGCAGUGUUUUUUAACCGCUGAUCUGUACUAUAAACAUAUUUUCUCUGUGAUUCCAGAAAUUUUGAUUAUUUUUCAAUUCAUAAUUGCUGAAUUUCCACAUCUCCCAUUCAAAUACAGGGAAGAGGCACAUGGUGUGGCAGCAGCGAGCUGAGUCUCACCUUUGGUUAAUCCCCCACCUGGCAUCCCAUGCAAGUAGAGUGUGUUGCUGUCUCUCUGUAUAUUGUCAAUAAAAUGGUUUCAAACACUUUGAUUAUAUGCCCUGACUUUCCAUAUUCUGGAUAAUGUAUAAAAUGUAUGUGUGUAACUUGUUCAGUCUAGCAGAUCAAUCAUACAACCGCAUAAGAAAGUAUGUCUAAAGAAUGCUGAUAUGAGAUAUGGAACAUAACCUGUUAACUGUUGCCAAUCAAAUGGUGAAUAAGAUACUUGGUGUCAUUAUUUGUAGAUCUGACUGAAAGAGUCAGUUCCUCACCAGCCAUGAACCUCACCACACAUCACCGUUUUUAACAACCUUUGUAAUUUUAUAAAACAGUCAAUCUGACCUCAAUCAGAAGCCAGUAACUGUAUCAUAUUGUAAAGCUGUAACUGAUCCAAGUGCAAGUCAUAUUUUUCUAAGAGCACUUAAAUACAGAUACCCUCUUAGUAAAACUGAGCAUACAUAAUUAAUACUGGUCUAAUCCUAAAAAGUGGUCAUUCAAGCUGCUUUUUAGUUUUCUUCCUUAAACUUCAAGUUUGAUGUCUGAAGUGCAAAAAACUUACCACCACUACAGCAUCUAUACAGGAAGUCUAUAAAUAUAGCCACUUAAACAGAAAGGGCUGUACUCUUCCCUUUCACACUGUAAAUGUUGGAAAAAUUCUGAACUUUCUUAACUUCUGCAAGGGAUGUUCUUUCAAUACUAUGGUCACAUAAAUACACCCGGUGUAAUUAUACUGUAGAAAUACUGUGAUGAGCAUCACGCUACAUAAACAUUUCAGCUGUUAAGUGUCCACCUUGGGCAUUAUAAGAAUCUUUCAUUAAACUGUUUUUUGUUUUUUUGUUUUUUCUGACAACUAGAAUUUAGAUCACUGCUGUUGCAUGAUUUUGCAAACAAGUGUCAUUUUCAUCCAUGUCUGACGGAUUGUUUAAGUGAAGACUUUAAAUUAAAUUUAUAAAAAGUAUUAAAUGUAUUCUGUUGAAUGGAAGUUCA